GUGGUGGCGGCACCUCCGUAAGAUGAGGCUACCCCUCCAAUCUGUAGCUUUUGGUAAUAUUGUUAAAUGAAAAUCGAUGAUCAGCGCGCGCUCCUUGAACAGUGACGUGUUUUCGCUCGUCUCUCAGCUUUUGGAUUUUUUUACACUGAAAAACUCCCACUUGCAAUACUCAGUCUAAAAAGAUUGAACGUUUGCAGCACUUCUGUUCCUGCACGCACCUCACCGCUGCGUAUUCGUCAGCUCACUUCUCAACAGUUGAAAAUUGGCAUUAUUAUUCCUUCGAACCAACCGGUCUACCUCCUGUCAGUGGUUCUUGGGCCUUUCAACUGCCAAACUGCCUUAGCUCUCAGUUCCCCUCGGAGGUCAUUCCCCAGGAAAUAUCUUUCCUGGUUAUACAUACACAUCUGGAACCUACAGUUAAACUCGUUGGUCAAGAGCAGAGGAUCAAGUGUCUGAAGAUAUCUACACAGACAGGAGUCACAACAGCUCCCUAAACAUCCCAGCAACCCGUAGCUCCCCAAUCACUCUACAAAUUACAACUUACUAACCCACAAAACAUCCACCCCUCCGAGGCUAAAAGCAAGAAAGCAGAGGGGAUUUUCUCGUCCACUGCGGGAGUGAACCGAACAACUCGAACCAAGCCCUAGGAACUAGACGCGAGAGAUCAAAAACUACCAGUUUUCUACGCUCGCACUAUCGAUAUUGGAUAUUGGAAGUUAACUGGAACGUUAUAAUGUCUGAUACUUGUCAGCUCCAAACUUUGCUCAAGGUGACAUCAGUGAAAACUGACAUCCAAGAUGAAUUUCUGACCCACUACAUUAAUAAAAUUAUUCGAAUAAUCCUUUCUUCAGAAUCAUCUGGAACAGACACCGAGAUCGUAAUAUUGUCUGUAAAAUGUUUGAUCAAUAUAUGUGCAACUUCUCAAGGAAUACAUCUUUUAACUACUAUGCUAUCAGCUAAAGAAAAUCAUGAAGAGUUCACUAAAGCUGUUUCUGCUUUUGCUCUAAAUAAUUCCAAAAAUAUUCCUGAGCUAAAAUCUUCAGCCGUUGCUUUGGUUUCAAAUUUGACUCGAGAUCCUGUGUGGUUAGAUCUCUUUGGCAAACACUUCGAUAGUCAACACAUCAAGACAAUUCUGGAUUCACAUUGUUCCGUCCAACAAUUUCUCCCAAUCAUCCUUAAUUUAACUGCCAAACGUUCAGUACGUUGCUCACUAUCAUCAACUGUACUACCAACAUUAAUUGGUCUCUUUCCAAAGAUGAACUCCACAUCAGACAAAAUUCUCAUAGCUGGCAUAAUCAAAAAUUGUUCAUUUGAAGAUGAACUUCACUGUAAAUUACUCGAUAAAAGUGCAGCUUUACUUGACACAUUGUUAAUUCCUUUGUGCGGACCAGAAGAUUGUAUUAACGAAGAAGACCGUGGUAUAUUACCUCAUUCUGUUCAAACUGUUUCUGGCAACUCCCAAUUCCCCCGUUUGUUUUCCACUGAAUUGUAUCUCACAAUAUGCCAGACUUUUCUACAGCUUUGUGCCACUGUUCAUGGACGCACAAUUCUUCGCUCCAAUGGGGUUUAUUUUAUUUUACGUGAACUACAUAAGUAUAUAUCAAAAGUUGAAGAACAAAUACCACCUUACCAAACUGAAGAGAAAACAUCUAAUAAAGAAUUAUUGUUUUAUGUCGAGCAGGUAGUAGAUCAACUUAUUUGUGAAGAGAAUGAACGCGACAAACAGUAUGCCGAUUCAAGCCUUAGAAAAAUUACUAUAGACCAGUUACCAAUAAACAUUCUGUUACCUUUCAUACCAUGGUUACAUGAUUGUUAUCCUUUGUCAACUGAUUCGCUUCAUUACGAUAAGCAUCAUAUUCAAUUCGAGCUGAAUACAUACUGGCUACAGUAUCCCAUGUAUCCGUAAAUGCAUGACCAAUAAGCGUACCCAGGGAAUUAACAAAAUGAUCUAAUGAUGCUAGAAACACACACAGAGAGAGAGAAAAAAAAAAUCAAAUUACGGACUACAUACUGGCCUUUGUUAAAACAGGAAAGAUUUUAGAACUAAAGAGCCAGAUUAACAUUAUGAACGUUUUAAACAGAUAUUUUUAGUGUGAGAGCAUUACAAUUCCAAAUGUAUCAGUUGUACACCUACAAUUAAAACUUUUUCUGAAAGAAUUAUUAUAAGAUAAAUGUAUGAGCGCUGUUCGGAACUGUUUGCAUUGCUACUAGUUACUGCAUGGAGAAGGUUCAUAGGGUCGAUUAAUACUUACAUUAAUGUAGCAUACUUAUUUAUAUAUGCUUCCCUCUUUUGGAUAGGAAUAAACACCUUUGACAAACUGC